AUGCUCGGCGAGGGGGCGCUGCCCAGCCCGCCCCCCGCGGGGGACCCGCACCGGGAGGAGCAGCGCCCCCUCAAGCAGUCGCUGAGCAGCUCCCUGUGGCGGGAGUCACACUGGCGGUGCCUCCUGCUCACCUUGCUGAUGUAUGGUUGCUUUGGUGCCGUGGCCUGGUGCCACCUCUCCACCGUUACCCGCCUGGCCUUUGAUGGGGCAUCCCGGGGAACCUCCACUAUCUAUCACGCCAGCCCCUGCUCAGACGGCUAUCUCUACAUCCCGCUGGCCUUCCUGGCCAUGCUCUACCUGCUCUACCUGGUAGAGUGCUGGCAUCGCUUUGCCCAGGCCCGGCGCCAGCCCCGGGCCAGCACUGCCAGCGUGCACCAGCUGGUGCAGCACAUGCAGCAGGCAGCGCCUUGUGUGUGGUGGAAGGCGGUGAGCUACCACUACAUCCGUCGGACGCGCCAGGUGACCCGCUAUCGCAAUGGCGAUGCCUACACCACCACGCAGGUGUACCAUGAGCGGGUCAACACCCACGUAGCUGAGAGCCACUUUGACUACACGGCCCACGGCGUGCGUGACGUCUCCAAGGAGCUGCUGGGCCUGGCUGAGCAUCCGGCCACGCGCCUGCGCUUCACCAAGUGCUUCAGUUUUGCCAGCGCUCGGGCCGAGGCUGCCUACCUGGCGCAGCGGGCACGCUUCUUCGGCCAGAACGAGGGGCUGGACGACUACCUGGAGGCACGAGAGGGCAUGCGGCUCCAGGAUGUCAACUUCCAGGAGCAGCUGAUGGUCUUCCCUGAGCCAGGGCGCCCUCCCUGGUUCGCCCGGCGCUGGGCCUUCUGGGCAGCCUCGCUGGCGCUUCUGUCCUGGCCGCUACGGGUGCUAGCCGGGUACCGCACAGCCAAUGUGCACUACCACGUGGAGAAGCUCUUUGGUACUGAGGAUGGGCCCGGCUCCCAGGAGCUCUCUGGCUAUGGGCGCCCCAUCCCACGUGUGGCCACGGUGGACAUGACAGAGCUGGAGUGGCACAUCUGCUCCAACCGCCAGCUGGUGCCCAGCUACUCAGAGGCGGUGCUGAUGGAUGCUGCCAUGGCAGGCAGUGCCUACCUGCGGGGCUGGCAGCGCUGCCGUCGUACGCUGAGCAGCAACUCGCUCCCCUCUUGCAGCACCCGGGCCCUCUAUGCCCGCCUGCCCUUCAGCCGCAGCCGCUUCUCGCUGGGCCGGAGCAUCUUCCGCAGCCUGAGUGGGGGCGGGACAGAGAGGCAGCCCCUGGGGAAUCCACCCUGCUACCACGACGCCCUCUACUUUCCGGUGAUCAUCAUGCGCAGUGGGGAGACGUGUCCCCCACAGGGCACCCCGGGCACAGCGGCUGGGACGCCUCUCUGA